AUUGUUAUCAGUGAAGUGGAACUUUAGGGAAGGUCUUUGAGCUUUUUUGGUGAUCGUGGAGGUUUUUCAAAGUUUUGGCCUCUUUCAUAGGUGGAAUUAAAGUGCCCAAGGUUCUCUGAUGAUAGUUUUAAAUGUAUUACCGAUCUUGUGUUCCUGAUACUUACGAAUAGGGAAAAUCGCUCUCCAUCAACCCUCGGGGUCGUACGUGCCAUUCCUGCCAUUUUACUCAUGCCCAAUGAUUUAAUUGAAUGGAUGAUUGGAUGUGCGGACUGACAGCUUUCGUGCCUUCAAUCGAUGAACUUGAACUUCCUUUUCUCGCGCUGAAUCGUCUCCACGUAUGCUUGUUGAAUCGUUCGCGACCUACCAGUUAUCGAGUAGUAGUGAUUUCGUUUCUAUUUCCACAUGAAGCUUUAAUCUCGGUUCGUUUUGCAGCUUCGCCAUUGCCAAUUUCUCGUAAUUACCGAUGCAUCUCAUUUUCCUCAACCCGGAAGUCCGAUUUAUUUAUCGUUGACGUCUUCGUUUUGACUCCCAGUUCUUCAUUUCUUCGUCUCUCAGGAAGAGGAAUGGAUAAUAAUGCCUCUCAUCCAGAUCCCUGGAGUUCCAGCAAAAGCAAGACAUUCAAAAUUUUCAUCGAUCCCCUUCAAGGCUCCAUUUUUGAGUUGACUGUCCAACCCGCAGAGACUCUCCUGUCGGUGAAAAUGAAAAUUGAGGAGUUAAAGGGUAUUCCCGUCAAACAACAACAAUUACUCUUAAACCUCAAGGAACUAGAUGAUGAAUCAACCUUGGAAAAGCUUUCUAUCAUGGACCAAACUACCCUCCAGCUUGUUUUAUCGCUAAGAAGUGGUCCAGUUAGCACCCUUAGAAAAAUUAUUCCUGCCAUGAGCAGUACUUUUUUAAAAGAUUUGAUCAUGCAGAAUAGGAAGGAGAUAGGAAGCCUUGAGCCAGGAACUAGAUUAUCAAUCAUGGUUUUUCGAGACGGAACAAAAGUUAGAGUUUUUAAAAUGUUAGAAAAAUUAGAUUCUUCAGUAGCCAUGGAUCCUCUUCUUGCAGUGUCUUCUAGAAGUAGUUCCAGCAAGCAGCUUGUUUUGAAGGGUGAAAGGUCAAAACAUCACGAAGACUCGAAAGGUGUUCAAAAAGUUAAAUUAAUUAAAGCAAAACUCUUAGAAAUGAAAAAUUCAAAAAAGAAAGCAGUAGACUCAAAUGAAAAUUAUUCACCAUUUAUGAAUCAGAUCUUAAGUGAAAAUGUGGCUCCCUCCAAAAAAAAAUUGCCCCCUCUAUCAUCAACUUUAACAACUAGCGAGGAGCCAAGUCCAAGGAAAAAAAUUGAAUUUUCACAAGUUCCUGUUUUGCCGAACAUUGGACCAAACAUGUUACCUAGCCAUCAUGCCUCAGUUUCUCAAGGUUCCGGUCGCAGCACACUGACAUCGAUAAUUGAUAACUUGGCACCAACGGACGAUAAGACUUUUGAUUUAUUUGGAAUGCAUGAACGGAAAGAGCCCGAUUGCAGUGCACCAAAAAGGAGGAGUAGCUCAAUUGCUCAAGAUGUAUCACCUAGAGGUGAAGGUCUCAAGCUGAAACCACCAAUUGGGAUAGUGCGAAAAUUAGAGAAAAAAUCUGUUGGUAGCGGUUGUAAUCAGGCUAGCACCGUGUUUUCUCUGCCAGGAGAAAGAAAAAACUUCUCUGUAGUGAACAAGCAAUUAAGUUUUCUGAGUUCUCAAAACUUAAUACCUGAUAUGGAAAAUGAUGAUUAUGUGCCUGCUCAGAAAACAUUGGCCACUGCUCCAGAAGAGCUGUUACCUUUGGAACCGGAAUUUAGUGACGAUUUCACUCCUGUGAAAAAAAAGAGCAAGCAGCGAUGCUCUGAGUGUCGGAAGAAACUUACUAUUUCCAACAUGUAUGAAUGCCGCUGUGGACUUUUGCUUUGCUCCAUGCAUAGGUAUUCAGAAGCCCAUAACUGCUCGUUUGAUUACAAGACUGAAGGGAGGAAACUUAUCAAGAAAGUCAAUCCUCUAGUAAUUGCAUCCAAACUACCAAAAAUCUAAAUUAAAUUGUUAAUCGUUUUAAAUUUGACCAUAGGGUUCUGUGCAGGGUCUGAAUUUAGAUACUCCUGAACACAUUUUCUGUUCGAAAUUUUGUGGAUGAAACAGAGUAUCUAUAGGUCUGGAAAAACUGGGAAGUCUAAAGAAGUCAGGUAUUUUUAUGAUAGAGCUAGAUGCUGGGUAUAAGACUAGAAAUUUACCUUAGAGCUCGGAAAAAAAAUGUUAAAAAAUUGGCAUGUAGGUAGCUUGGUUGAACUGAUUGCUCCAAAAACAGUAUAAGAAGAGUCCUUGCCUGCAAAAUUGGACAUUAUGAAAUUAAAAUCUCUCUAUCUUCUCGAGAAAUUUCAGAACGUUACCGUCAAUUUUUACGUUUGCUCAUUUUAGAAACAAGUUCCUAAAAAGUCUACAUGUGUAGAAUUUUUUCAACUCUUGGCCAGCAACAAACACACUUAUAGCUAUUAAAAAUCGUCCAAAAUCAAUUAGUCUCUUAACUUACCUAUCAAAGUUGACCCAAUAGUGAGGAAAAGUUCCGAAUUCCUCUUCCAAAAUGUAGAUACUCUGAUCAAGUCAUGGACACCACAGAGAAAAUUUAGAACCUAGGCUGUUAGCGUAUGCAAUUAAUUGUGGUCAAAUGGAAGUUUUAGAUGUUAUACAUUUUACCGAUGCUUAUUUUCAAAGUUAAAAUUUACACGGUUUGGAAGUUGAUUUUAGGAUUUUUUUGUCUUUUUUAGUUUUUUUUUUUUUUUUUGUUGUUAAAUUUUGAACAGAUAAUGAAUUGAAAAACGCUUUAGCUCAGACCCUGUUUUACUGGUAUGAUCUACAUUACAUUAAAGUUUCAUUCAGGAAUAAUUUAUGUUUAAUCAGUGACGGUGCUUUUUCAACUCAUCUUCUUAGUUAAGCUGACCAACACUCUUUCAAAGAUGUUUUUUAACUAUUUUGAAACUAAAAUCAGCUAAACAAGUAAAGUAACCCCUUUCCAGUAUUAGAGGAUGAUUUUUAGCAGCUGACUGAAAAAAAUGUUUUUUUAGAUCAGUUGCAUAUUUGAACCUUUUAUCGAACCAAACUUUUAAUGCAUCUGAUUUUUUAUCACUGUUUAGCCUUGCCUCAGUGCACACGAUCAAUUUAUUCAUUACAUUAUUCAUCUAUGAACUCCAUGGACUCAUUCAUGGUACAUAAGUAUUUAUGCUGCAAUACCCUUUUUACUAGGAAUAGAUCGGCAAGAAACAAAACAAAAAAUUGAACAGAAUACUUUAUUUGACUUAGACUCACUUUUAACAUGAAAAACCUUCAACAGCAGCCUUUCACAGACAAUAAAAAUUUAAAGACGUUCAGUUUAAAAUAGGUAAAGCACAAGGUAAAGGGUAAGGAGAGGUAUCGGUGAGGGCCAUUUUUGGGCCCACACAUCUAAAUUUCCUCAACUCCAAGAUUUUUUGCUCAUUGGACUUGAGGGUCUAUAUUUUACAAAGUGUAUCAUGAUUUGGUCAUCUUUGGUCUCUUUUCAGGUCUAUUACUGGCCUUAGCAUUGUCCUGAGGGCCGAUUUUGGCGAAAAAUGCGGUUCUUUUGGUAUUCAACAGCAAGCCCGCUAAGUCAGCCUUACGACCUAAGCUUCCGCCAGUAUUAGACCUGAAAAGAAACCAAAAAUGACAAAUUCAUGAUGGAUUUCGUAAAAUAUUUACCCUCAAUGACAAAAAAUCCUAGAGUUGAGGAAAUUUAAGGUGGGCCCGUAAACGGCCCUCAUUGAAACCAUUUCUUUUUCACUGAAGUGAAAUCAUCUAGGCCAGUAGUUAAAUAAUGAAAACAAAUAAAUAAAGAAAAUAAAAAAUUAUCAAUCAACAGUUAUGGUUAAGUAGGAAAACAUGUGUCUUGUUUGGCCAUUUUGUCAGAUCCUUAGUGAAUGUGAUGUUCAAGGUGGAAACUAAAUUUUUCUUAAUACUGAUAUGUUAUAAAAUUUUACAUAUUCCAUAUCAAUCAUAUUAUUCCUCAAAAGUAUCCAAUAGCAUACUCUCACCGUUUGGUUGGACCAAAAUCUUGUAUCUCAAUCACUGUCAUGAAGUUUCUGCUCAUAUUUUAUUUUUUCAAGAAGAUGUCACUUCAUAUUUUGACAGGAGAUUGUCAGAGGAAAAUCUUUAAAAGGCAAAGGAGAAUUGCAGUAAAUUUUACAGUAUAAUGUAUUGAUGAACUAUCUUCCAAGAAAGUAAAAAAAAAAAGACAAAGAAUUUGUAGCGUUGAAAGCGAGAUGUGUUUACUCAGUCUCACCAUUGUUUCAUCUAGAAGUCCCCUCAGAUUAAAUGAAGUGAGCAGACAGGAACUACAUAAAAGAAAAGUAGCUUCAAUUGAAUGAGCUUAAAAUGGGACUGCAUGUAACAGAAACUAUUAUUUAUCAUUCUUGAAAAGACGAUAAAAAAAGAAGCUUGUAAUUAUGCUGAAAGACUUGAUGACAAAUGAAUUACAUCAAAA